GCCGCACUGUAUGAAGGCUGCCUUGAUUUUCCAGUCGUUGCCGGGUAAUUCAGUAAUGAAGGUAACCUCACAUCGAUCACUUUGGUUUACCAGCAGGUAGCGCUGCCUUGCGCACAGUGACCCGACGAGGAAAAAAGUUUGAGUGUUGCCGAGAUUUAACGCUUGCGCAGAACAGGUUGCUCGGCCAGUUCCUCUGGUUGAUUUACCUGAGAGGUACACCAGUUUCGGUUGAUAACAAAACGGAAGCGCUAACGCCGGGGUCACGAACCAUCUUUUAACCGAACCCGGACUUCGAUGAGCGAGUGAAAAAGUUCAAUCAAUAAUUGUUUUUAUUGCGGAACGGAUUAAACGACCGAAAGGACGGGAGUAUUUUGGGACUGCGGGUGGCAGGUGUGCUCGUGUUUUCUCGCCCGUGUGCCACUGGUCCUUCGAGGUAAGAAGGGGAGCUCGUGACAGAUCCCGACUUUCAGCUGCUUGCAUUGCCUUCGCCGUCCCUGAGCGCCUGGGAAACAGCUGGAUGCCUUCCGAGCGUCGCCGUUAGCAGUCCGGUAUCGGUGCCGUUUUCCCUGCUCGAGUAAAGCGCUGCGUGGCCCCCCGUGGGGACAAGAUGAUGGGGUUUCUGCGCAGGACGUUUAGCCGUCGGUCAAGGAGACGUUUUCGGACGUCGGAUGAGCUGGACGGGACUGGCAGGAGCGGAAACUCGAUGCUUCAGGCGCACCAGCAGCAGGUGAUACACGCGCCGACUGUGGUGACCGGGGGAGCCGUUGUCCACAUCCCCGCUGCGGGCAACAGCAAAGACGCCAUCACGUGCAGAGUCCUGCUGCUGGACGGAUCGGAUGUUAAUGUGGAGUUACUGAAACACUCCAGGGGACAGGAUCUGUUUGAUCAGAUUAUGUAUCAUUUGGAUCUCGUGGAGGCUGAUUACUUUGGCCUGCAGUUCAUGGACCCAGAGCAGGUUGCGCACUGGCUGGAUGCAACCAAGCCCAUAAAGAAGCAGAUUAGAUAUGGACCUCCGUACAGAUUGUUUUUCAGGGUUAAGUUCUAUUCUUCAGAGCCCAAUAACCUUCAUGAAGAGUUUACAAGGUAUCUCUUCGUACUGCAGCUAAGACAAGACAUACUGACCGGCAAGUUAAAAUGUCCGUAUGAUGUGUCUGUGGAGCUUGGAGCGUAUUGCUUACAGAGUGAACUUGGGGAUUGUGACCCAUUAGAACACUCUGUUAUAUUGGUAUCAGAGUUUCGGUUUUCACCCAAACAGACCGAGUUCAUGGAGGCAGACAUCUAUCGCAAAUGGGCUGAGUAUAGGGGAAUGAGCCCGUCUCAAGCUGAGGUGGAUUUUCUGAACAAGUGCAAGUGGCUGGAGAUGUAUGGAGUGGACAUGCACUUUGUGAAGGGACGGGAUGGAGGAGAAUAUGCCCUAGGCCUCACACCAACUGGAAUUUUAGUGUUUGAGGGAUCCAGCAAAAUUGGUCUCUUCUUUUGGCCCAAAAUAACCCGUCUUGACUUCAAGAAGAACAGACUGACUCUAGUAGUGGUGGAAGAUGAUGAGCAGGGCAGAGAGCAGGAGCACACGUUUGUGUUUCAGCUGUCGAGUUCUCGGGAAUGUAAGCACUUGUGGAAAUGUGCUGUCGAAAGCCAUGCCUUCUUCCGGCUCCGACAACCAACCCACAGCAAAACCAGCCACAGUGACUUCACACGCCUCGGCUCGCGGUUCAGAUUUAGUGGAAGGACUGAAUAUCAAGCCACACAUAGUGGUAAAGUCCGGAGGGCGAGCACUUUUGAGAGAAGACCAAGUAAAAGAUAUCCAUCACGAGCUCAGUCAUUGGGCAGGGCCAUCACUCCAGCAAAACAUCCACAUCUAAGUGCUCAGGCCAGCCCAAGCAUACAACCGUAUAAGCACAACAUUCCAGUUGCACAGGAACACUGGCAAAGAACACAUUCAUCUAGUUUGACCCCUCCUCUAUACAUACAGCCAAUGGAAAUGGGACAUGUUCCACCACCACACAGUUUUCCUUUGAGCAGCGCAGACACGCGAAGGUUCAGCGUUGACGAAAAUGAAGCUCCGCUGUCUGGGAAAACGCAUCGCUGCUUUCAUCACCCUGUAUACGAGAAGCAGGAAGCUCUUUGCAUCACGAAAGCCAAACCGAAAGCUUGGGUGGUGUCUCCUGCAUGCACCGAUGAGCUGGAUCGAGCUUUGCACAGUCAGCACCAGCUGGAAACAGAACCUGCACCUUGGCCAGCCCUUCAUAUAAACAUAGACAUGGCAGAAGAAAAACCUCUUUCAGAGAAAAGUCUUCCUUCCUCCCCUGCGGUUUUACAAGAACGUCUCAAGAGCAACGUCUCAAAACGCACCACCCAAAGUGAUAGUGGAAACUCAAAGGGAAACUCUUCAAGUGGAGACCAAACUGACAGCAGGUAUCCCAGCUCAUCACAGGAUUCAGGAUCAAGCAGUCUGAAUAUAGAAAAGCCCAGCGUGGACCGGCGCAAACGCCUCGUCCGACAGUUCAGCUUUAACCACAGUGAUGAAGAUGACCUCCCAGAAGCACUUGCUGCCAUCUCCUCCCAGUGCAGUAUGGGAAAAUCAACAUCAAAUAGCUCCUUGGACAAACAGGUCCAGCCACCAAUAUAUCCACCGCCAAAGGAUGCCCCACAGUUAGAGCGUUCUAACUCUCCGCUGUUCUAUCCCAGUCCUGUACCUCACCUGCUACCUUAUGCUACACACACACAGAGCUCUGAAGACCUGCGGAUGGACAGAGAAAAACUACUGAGGGCUCUAUUAAUGACAGAACUCUGAGGCAACACAUAACACCACACACUUACAGACGACAAGUCCUAACUGAACUAAAGCCCUUAACUCAAUGCACUAGCUAAUUCACUGUUACACACUAUAUGGAAUUGAAUCAAACCUCCAAGAGCUAUUUUACCGUUAUGCUAAUACGACAAAGCAUUCACAGAAGCAUUUGUUCUAUGCUUAUUCUGUUAAUAGCAUGGCAUUGCCCCUGUAAUUUUUAUUAACUGACUAAAUUAAUUGUAAACUUUGAAAAAAUGUUAAAAUAUUUUUCCUAAAUGUUUUAUAACAUGGUUUUCAGGGGUUUGGGGUUAAAAGAACAGAGUUUGUAUAAAUAGGUCAGAUGUAAAGCUGUCAAUGUAUAGGCCUGCUGUGUUUUUGACUGUGUUCGGAAUAGGAUACUAUCAUCUUUAACUAUUUCUGUGCACUGUAAAAUAAUCUACUUAAAAACUUAAGCUAAAAAGCUGCCUUAUAUUUUUAAGUUACUUCAAAUGAUCUGUAUGGGUCAUUGGAACUUAACUGACUCGAGUUGUAUUUUAUAAAUUUUAUAAGACAGUUCUAUAUCUGUAAGUUCAAUUGAUUUAUAAAGGUAAUCUAAUUUAACUAAAAAAUUUAAGGCAGUUGAAAUUGGUGGAUUUUUUACAGUGUGGAAUGCAGUAUGUAAUAUACUGUGCACAUCCAGCAAUGAAUUUUUGGAUAACCUACCACAUUUGCUGAAAUGUAGGGAUAGGCCUACUAUAUUUCAAGAUAGCCAAGACGUUUUUACCUAAACUCAAAAUGACUAUUUUUUAAGAAACAUGUUACAUGCUUUUCACUAUAAAACGUUAUGAUGUUAGCUAUUUGAAUACUACUGUUUUAAAUAUGUAUUUUUUGAACCAAUAGUAGGGUGUAAACUGCGUUAGGCUAUUAUGCAGUAAGUAGUACACUAGUGGUGCGUUCCAACGUGAAGGUUGCAUUGGCUGCAUACGUCAUCGAGAUUUAUUAAGUUUUAUUUCAGAUAAGCAACCGUUUCAUUUUAAGGUAAGAAUGAAACUACAGUGGUUAGGUGUUUUGAGAAAUAAAUGUUAAUUUUAUCAUGUUUUUUAACUGAAAUAAGACAUCCUUGAUGACGUAUGCAGCAUUCACGUGAGGGACGUAUAGUAUUCCUUUCCGAACGUGUGCUUAAAUGUCACGCAAUGUUUCUUAAUAUAUAUUUUGUGUAAACUACUAGUUUUACUGCUACCAUUAAUAUACAGUUUUCAUAAAAAAACUACAAUUUUGUACAACAACUUGCGUUAUCACUCUUGUAAUAUAACAGAGAAACUGAAGAUGCGCUGAAGAGAAAAGUGUUGAAGCUCGCUUUACCCACUAGAGGGCAAUAAAUACGCGAUUAAAACUAAACUAUAUUUUCUUGUUUACAACCUGCUGACGAUAAGAAAGAGCAAAUAUUUUGCUACAAUCGCACUUUGAUUUAAAAAAUCUAUUUAACCUGCGUGGAAAUGUAUAUAGUCAGUGAUUAAGUCACUCAAUCCCUCAAGAAAGGUUGUUAAUAUUUGCUUUAUUUUAAUUUUAAGUUAUUAUAAAACAUCAAAAUAAAAGAAUACUUUCUCCAAACAGCCAUUUUUUGCUUUCUUUUUCUACACAUAUUUAUGAACUACAGAUAUAUUGGUAACAGAUUGGUAACAUCAAUGAGGACAGUAGUGUUGCACACUUAUUGCUAGGGAUGGGUAUUGUUAAGAUUUUAUGAUAUCGACACUGCUUAUCGAUACCGGUACUUAUCAAUACUGUUAUCGACACUACGCUCUAUAAUUUGAUGCAAAAACACAUGAUGUGAAAAGAUGUUAAACAUUUUAAGUUUCUUUAUUACAGCUGAGCUUUAGAACUGCAGUUUACAAAUGCUUCUGAGCAAACAGAAAAUGCCACAUAACUUUACAUAUCAUAUUUACUUUACAUCACUAUGGUUAUUUGGCUGGUAGACCGUAUUUCUUUUUUCCUUUCUGGUUUUAGGUCUACAUAAAUUAAAGUACUAUUUUUUUAUGAAGUAUUUUUUUUAUUAUAUGUACUAUUUUUUAUCAUUUUACUAGCACAUUUACUUCAAUUUACUAAAGUUUUUAGUUUUGACAUGUGCUUCUCUCUCCUUUAUCUUAAAUGUUUGCUCUCACUGUGUGUGCGUAGGCUACUUGUUUGUGUGCGUGUGUGCGUGCGUGCGCGUCCGUGUGUGUGUGUGUGUGUGUGUGUGUGUCUAUGUCUAUGUGUGUUAGUACGUGUGUAUAUUGUGUGUGUGGAGUGUUUUGUAUGUGGGUAUGUCUGUCUUCUGUGUUUUCACCUUUUUCUUGUUUUUACAGGUACAACUUAAUUGUUUUGCUUAUAGUUAAUAUGUCUCAUGUACAGCUGCUUUGUAACAAUGAAAAUUGUAAAAAAGCGCUAUAUAAAUAAAGUUGAGUAAAGUAAGUAAAUAUACUCCGUGGCCGAAUUAUUACUAAUUAUAACUCAGGGGUCUUCAACGUUUUUCGGGGCAAGGACCCCUUAGAUGAGAGAUGCAUGGAGCAGUGACCCCCUUAUACUAAAUGUGUAAACGGAGCUAUUUAAAUAGAAACAACCCUAUUGUCACAGCAAUAUUAUGUUAAGACAUUACAUUAGAACUAUCAUGUUAUUGUUGCGCAUAGGCUUAAUACUUUUCUGUGUAUUAUUUUUGGUUUUAAUAUAGAUUGCUUAAUUAUUUUAAGGGAUUUGCAGCAUCAAACAUUUUCAUUUUACUGUGAGAUGGACAAUUAAACAUUUAUUUGAACCUAUAGUUUUUAUUAAGGCUUCAAUGAGAUGACUGUUGGAGGUAGAGGUUGUCUCUGGAUGCGAAAGAAAUUAGUGCAGAUUUUAUGCAUUCUGUUGUAAAAUCGUAAAUUGUAAAAAAAAAUCUGCAAAAAGUUGCAGAACACACCGCUAUUUUAUAAUUCUGAGCUCCGUUGUCUUUGGAUCAGCAUUGUCGCGGCUGUUUACACGAAAAUGAACACCAGUUUUUUUCUGCAGAGAAUCAGACUAGGAGAGCAACAUGAUGCAACGAGUCCGCGUUAUUUUCGGGGCAAUUUGUUUGACGUGCACCAUCAGUACUAUACGGUACGCGUUUCAUUGAUUUUAAACACGUACGAUUAUUCUGUCAAGAGUUUACAAUGCAGAAGUGGUGUGGUGUCAUUUGGCUGUCAAAUUAGGGCUUUUGACGGAAGCUUUGUCACUACCCGAUCCGUCCCGGAAACACGAUUUGUUCCGCGCAUGCGCGACACUUACGCCACUUCCGGUUAAUCCAGUUUUCAAGACAGUCGACUCGAUCCGUUCAGGGGUUGCUCGAUUUGUACUGCGCAUGUGCAAAAGCGCAUCACGACACUUGUCCUGCGGAUGUGCUCGAUUAGAUAUUUGGUGAUGAGUAUUUGUGAUAGCAGCAUGGAUUCUUUUGCAUUUGAUGAACUUAAAUAUUAUCUCUUAAAAGGAGAAAUUCCUGACAGCCCUACAGAGCAUCGGAAGAUUAAACGGGCGUCUACGAAUUAUACCCUCAAAGAUGACAGACUCUUCUACACGGGCCCUAGCAGAGCAGGCAGUAGGCUACAUAUGGCUAGUUGUCCUGUCAGAGGAAGAGAAAACAUCUGAUUUUACAGAGUGCCACAAUAACCCAGGAACUGGCAAUCCCAGUGGUGUCAGAGGCAUUCAAAACAGGGUUAUUGCUGGCUACUAUUGGUCCACAAUAAUCAACGACGUGAAAGAAUGGGUGAGAUCUUGUCACUGCUGCCAGCUGAAUGACCCCAUCAAACUGUUGUGCCAGUCUUGCAUUCCAUUAAGGUAAAAGAAGCUUGGGAGGUGCUUGGUUUAGAUUGAUUGGACCACUACCAGAAACAGAACGCAGCAACAAGUAUGUCCGUACCAUGACUGACCUGUACACCAAGUGCAGCAGCCAGCCAUUGUCAGAGACCUACAUUCAGCAUGGGACUGAGUACCACGUCACAGAGACUUAUUCCAUGGGGAGGUGACAGAGCCUGUAUUUUUGCAGAUGCACAGGGACAAUCAACAAGAUGUCAUCAGAAAGGUCCUGAGGGGUCCAAGGCGAAGGAUGACUUUUUGUUUGUAUUUCAGUAUCAAGAAGACAUGGAAACAUUUUUUGGCAUACUGUAUUGAUAAACACGGCCUAAAGGUCAAUGCCAUGUUCCUCAAUCAGCAAUUUACGUAGACGAAUAGAUGAGUGAGUGUGUGACUGAGGGAGGGAGGGAUGGAGUGGGGUAGUGAGUGAAUGAAUGAAUGACUAAAGAAAAGAAGGAACAAAUGUAUAAAUUGAAUGAAUUUAGAAAAUUCUGUGUUUCUUAAAUACAGACAUUUGUUAAAGUAUGCUAAAAUAUGUAGAGCAUAACAUAUAAAUAAAACACACACUUUACUAAAUGGUGUCUUAAAAUUCAACUUAAUAGUUAACAUUUGUAUUUAAUUUUUCAAUUAUUUAAUUGGGGUAACAAUUUGUGCCACAUAUUAACCUUUACAUAUUUUGCCAAAAAAGUAUUUAAGAAGAGAAUCAUUCAUAAAAAAAUAAUCUUUAGUUUUACUAUAAACAAAAAAAGUUUUAUAAAUAAAAAUCUAUUUCUCACUCCUGACAUAUAACAUUUUGU